AUGUUCGGGCCCUUGAAGAGGAUGGUCAUGAAACCUGUGGUCAGCGCAAUGCUCUUCGCGUUCGCUUCUGGUGCUUUGCUGGCCUGUGCCUUCUUCCUGCUCCUCUUUGAGUCGACUCAUCUUAUUGGAGUGGGUUGGACGGCAGAGGUCGAUAUUGUGUGGCGAUGGGGCGCCAUGAUCCUGGCAGGUAUGGUGGUGCCACCUGUGGUGGAAACGAUCAUGAGCUUGAUCAUGAUGGCCAGACAGGGGCCUUCGACUUCAGAGCAAUCUCCAGAGGAUGCGGAGAAGAGCCCUGAGAGCCCUGAAUUGGCAGGCCUUGAUGACGCACAGAAGUUUAGGGCAAAAGCUCGACUACUGGGAGCAGUGAUCAUUGGUGACUUUUUCCACAACCUUUGCGAUGGCUUCUUCAUCGCAGCAGCGUUCCAGGGUUGCGGAAAUGCAUUUGGCUGGAGCGUGGCUACGGGCACGAUCCUCCAUGAGCUUCCCCAGGAGAUUGCGGACUUCAUCAUCUUGACGGGCCCCGUUGCUGGUUUGUCCACUCCAAAGGCUUUGGCAUUUAACUUCCUCAGUGGUCUGAGCGUCCUUCUUGGGGCCCUCAUUGUCGCCGCAACGCCUGUCGACAAUUCCCUUAUAGGCCUCAUCCUUGCCUUUGGUGGUGGCGUUUACAUACACGUCGGUGCUACUGACUGCCUGCCGAAGAUGUACGACCCCAAGCUUAGGUUUGGAGAGCGCCUGUGCGCUUUUCUGUCAUUCGCCGUUGGGGCUGUUUGCAUUGGCUUGAUUCUGAUCGGACACGAGCACUGCGUGCCUGAGGGGAGCAGUCAUGAUCAUGGCUCAGGUCACGAUGGGCAUGCCCAUUAA